AUGUUUAGGUCGGAGGUCAUUGGCGGAAGUCAACUCAAACCUAUGUCUACUCCACAUACAGAAGUGAACUCUGGGCAAACUGAAUUAGCACCUAUUAGUACAGUUGGGACUGAUAUGUCAAGUAAUACAUUAUCGAUUGGUGUCCCUCUUCACACUCUUGGUCCCAUUGAAGGGCAAGAUGGACUCAGUUUGACUAGACAAGAAAUAAAUCGACUCAUCUUGGAGUAUUUAGUCGUUGAAGGUUACAAAGAUGUUGCUGAAAAAUUUAGUCGUGAGACGGGAAUUGUAGAGCCUUUAAAUGAGUUGCAAGUUGCAGGUGCAAGUUUGAAUGAUCGUAUGUGGAUUCGUGAAGCAGUUUUGUUAAGGAAAAUCGAAGACGUUAUUGAUACAGUGAAUCGAUUAUGGCCUGAACUCUUUGAUAAAAACCCUUUUAUCUAUUUUCAGCUUCGGCAGCUGCAAAUGCUAGAACUUAUUCGGAACAAGCGUUUAGAAGAAGCCCUUAUAUUUGCCCAGUCGUAUUUAGCGGAUCCAGUAGCCAAACGGUUAUCAGAACAUCCUCAAUUAUUGAAUGAAAUGCAAAAUACUAUGGCACUAUUAGCUUUUGAUAAUCCUGCUGAAAGUAUUUAUGGCAAACUGCUUAGUCCUCAACACGCUGAAGUGGUUGCAGGAGCACUAAAUCGAGCUAUACUUCGACAUAUCGAAUCAUCAGGAGAUGAAAUCGAUACAUCAGAAGAGGGUAAAGGCUCUGUGACUGCGAACUCUAUGGGUUAUUCCGGUGUCUCAUCCACUGUACCACGAUUGACAAAAAUGAUGGCGCUGUUACUACAUUUCCGUGAUUUAUCACAGCUUGAACUUCCACCAGAAUUAGCCUCAUUAUAGAUCAGUUGAAAAGUGGAAUAAACUCUUUAUUAUUGUCAUCUUUUAUGUUUCAUAACUUCAACUGAUUAUUUUUAGUUAAAGGCAGCAUGAUGGUUGAUUUCAUGACAUUUUGACUAAUAAAUAUGUACAAAUUAUAUAACAAGCAAUAUUGUGUAUUAAUAAUUUUAGCCAAAAAUUUCAGGUAGUUCACCCAUUUUGGGAGUCUUGUUUUACACCUAUGUGACUUUUCAAUCAGUAUACAGCAAUAAAGAGCUUAGUUAAUCCUCAUACACAUGAAAAAUGUUUUCCUUACCCGUGUUUCUUUCAGAAAUAAAUCGUUUGAAAUACGUC